CCUUUGCCCGUCGUCGAGGAAUCUUCCUUGUCCACCAUGGACGGAGGCAACCUGACUCCCAUCUCGCGCCCAACGACUGUCUCUGUAAAGGUAGACCCAACACUCAAGGAAUGCGAGUCUGAUGGAUUUGGCUUCCCGACAUUCCGUCAGCUCAGAAAGCUGGAUCGCGUCGUUCUGUGUGCAGAAAAUCUCGAUGUCGGAUCACCGUUUGCGUAUCGUCUUCUUGCAAUUGCAAACACCAGAGGCUGGUUUGCGGCCGCCACAAAUACGGGUAUAAUACUAUCUCCACUGAACGAACUGCAAAAAUCUCUUGAAUCCGAUGAUACCCAGCCGGUUUUCAAGCCCCAAAAGACCAUAGCCCUCUCAGCGCAGCCUGUAACCCUUGCCUUUGCCUGCAAUGAAACUCGGUUUCUCGUUGGUCUGGCACAAGGAGAGGUCCUUCUCUACGACGUCGACAAGCUCUGCUCCCCCGGAUCUGAUGACUCCCCAUUACACGCACUUCGUACCUCCAACAGCCCUGCGCGUCAAAUCGUUCCAAAUCCCAGCAGUGAUCCUACAUUAGCUGAAUACAUAGCCAUCGUGCGUUUUGAUGGAAACAUAGAAGUUGUCAACUCGCAGUUUCAGUCUCAAGGCGGAUGGACAGCAAGGGAACAUGAGGCCCUACCGGUGGCAGCAUCCUGGUCUCCAAAAGGCAAACAGCUUGCAAUUGGCCUGCGGCUUGGCGACAUCUUGACCUACACUCUGAGCGACAAGGCGAUGCCGCAAAAGCACAUUCCACCUACCGCCCAGAGAUCUACUUUGGUUUCGCUGGACUGGCUAUCGGGCGGAUUUACAUUUCGCACAAGCUAUGCCCCAUCUAAUCCAGAAGCUGAUGUCUCUACACAACAUGUUGUACAUUUGGAUACGCGCCAGUCUACAGUGACGACUACGGAUCUCACACAUCCCUUUCGCUUAUCUGAACGACUCAACCAAGUUGCUCACGUCGUCGUACUUCCUAAAUGGGAUGAUGAAAACGCUACUGCUGAGAGCACAAAGGGCCUUAUGGUAGUCGGAGACAUGUCCUCAACUGAUUUCGAAGUCUUCGGGCACAUCAGUAAUACCUGGUAUUGUUAUUACCAGGAGAAUCCUCUCUCCAUCCCUCUCAACAAAGAACAAGAGGAUACAGUCUUGUUGUCUCUUGCCGUUGACUUGGUCAACGGAACGGAGAAUCCUAUCAUGUAUGCUUAUCUUAACGAUGGAACCAUACAGGGUUGGUAUAUGGAACAUUCGAAACCUUACGCUGGGAUGGUUGGGGGAACUGCUGCUGUCCCACAGCCAACCAGCCAACCAGUCCCUCCUGAGCCGAGUUCAGGAUUUGGUGCCCAGACACCACAACAGCCGGCUUUUGGACAAUCUUCCUUUGGGCAGGCCGCUUCCUCCCCGUCUUCAGCAUUCGGUCAAGCAUCCUCAGCCUUUGCGCAGCCGUCAUCUACCUCUUCUGCAUUCGGCCAGCCGUCGUUCGGACAAUCAUCAGCUUUUGGCACCUCCUCUGCCUUUGGUAGUACAUCCACUUCUGCUUUCGGCCAGGCGUCGUCUUCAGGAUUUGGGGCGCCAAGUCCUGGAGCGUUUGGUACCGGCACAGGCUUUGGGUCAUUAACCACCACUGUGACUAACCCACCUAGCCAAGAGAUCUCCAUGGCGGAUGCUGCGCCAUCAUUCGGUGGCCUAUCUCUGGGGGGCAGCGAUGAUUCCAAACCCAAAUCUACAGGAGGGUUGUUCGGCUCUCCGGCGCCGCUGCCUCUACCACCGGACCACUCCGUUAACAAACCAUCCCCACAACUUUCUACUACUAGCUCAGACUCUUCAGGCUCAACGAUAAGACCAGCCACAGGGUUUGGCGCUUUCGGAGGGGGCGCAUUCGGUGAAAAUUCUCCGUAUGCCAGGGCAAGCUCAACCCCAUCCACGUCUGCUUUCGCGACUGCACUUGGAAACAAGCCUGCUGAACCUCCCAAAUCGGCCUUUGGACAGACAGGCUUUGCGACACCUGCAGGAAGUAAUGCGCCAAAGUCUGCGUUUGGACAGCCUGCAUUUGGGCAGCCUGCAUUCGGACAACCUGCAUUCGGACAACCUGCCUUUGGACAGUCUGGCUUCCAGAAGCCUAUGGUACCUGCAGCGUCUGCCGCGUCAACAAAAACUAGUGGUGGAUUCGGUGCGUUCGCUUCGGGACCAUCUACAUUUGGCGCUGCGUCGGGUACGCCGACAACAAAUACGUCCUCGACGAAGGUUACGGGAGGCUUUGGCGGGUUUGCUUCGGGUGGGCCCUCUGCCUUUGGAAAUACAUCAUCCUUGAGAAGCGCAGCCACAGAACCACCAAAGAGCGUGUCGGAAGCUACCGAAGUGCCUAAAACUUCUGUAUUUGGCGGUGGAGGAUCUCCAGCUGGGAGCACAGGGCCGUCUGUUGCAGGCUCCAGUAAUAAUGCGCCUUCCAACGCGUCGCCUUUCGGAACACCGAGCAAGCCUUCACCGUUCGGUGGAAGUCCAUUCGCAUCGGGAAGUUCACCCUUUGGCCCUCAGCGUGCGAGCAUCUCACCGGAAACAAAAUCUCCAGCACCCAUAGCGUCUCCACCAGCAAGUCCACCCUUAGCAUCAUCUUCCACACCGUCACCGUUUGCCUCUCCCUCUCAGCCAGCGCCAACCACCGGGGCAUUCGCGAACCUGAAGUCAUCCUCGUUCCAGCCGGCUGCAGGUUUUGGCGCGUUUGGCGCUUCUAAUCAGGACACUUCCUCUCCAUUUUUCAAGGCAGCUGCAAAUCAGACACCACCCGUAUCGGCAUUUUCAAAUCUCCAGACUACACCCACCAAGCCGCCCGCCGUUAGCUCUUCUCCAAGUUUUGGUUCCCCUUCAGCCUUGGGUGCUCAGAAAUCUGCGUUCGCGCCGCUAUCAGGUACCAGCUCGCCCACUUUUGGCUCGCCUUCCGCACUUGGGGUAAAGCAGUCCGCCUUUCCGCCUUUAUCUUCAUCUCCUUCAGUAUCUCCUACUCCUGCUAAACCCUCCAUUGGUGGGUUUGGUGCGUACACGAAGUCUGCAUCGCCGUUUGGCAAAAUUCCAGCGCCUCAAUCCUCAUUUUCCGAUAUGUUGAAGGCCAAAGAUACUGAAUCUGAGGAAUCAGACAAGACUUCACCGCCGCCUUCUACACCAGUCAAAGCGGAGCCUUCCUCGCCGAAGCCCUCCCCUCCCGUACCAGCACCUUUGCCUUCAACAGCUGAGCCAGAGAAAGAGAAAGAGUCUGAUGCCCCCGAAAUGCCUACACCUGCAGCAUCUACCCCUGCCGUCUCUCCGUCAUCCGCCGAGACCCCGCCCAAAGACAAAGGGAAAGGACCGGUCAAGGAAACUGACAAAACACAAGUCGAGUCUUCUUCAACAUCGCCGGAAUCCAAAGAGCUGUCAAAGGAGGCUUCUUUGUCGUCAGUGGCCAGUUCAUAUGUUGAUGUGUCACAGGAAGACACCGUUGAUGGAGAUGUUUCCGAUGAUGCUUAUCGGGAUGGUGCAGAGGAUGACGAUGAUGACACAGGAUCUUUUCUCUCAGAAAGUAUCAGUUCUACUGCUGGAGAGGAUGAUGAAGAUUACGUACCCUCGGAUGAAGAAGCUGAAGAGGAACGUUCACCUACACCAUCCCAAGUACCUCUGCCGCCAUCGCGCUCUCAGUCUAGCACCCCCCAGCCAGAAUCUGGGACACCUCCCCCAGUACUGCCGUCGUCGACGGAGACUAUCCUCCCACCUAUCAAAGAGGAGAGUACUACUCCACCGGGUUCUCCUGAGAAGCAACCGGUUGUCGUGCCUCCACCCACUCCUGCAGCAGCAGCAUUGGGUUUGAGAAGGCCAAACACACGCCCUGUACGCAGCUCGCCGCUUGCAAACGCUGUGGUAGGAGGCGACGAAGAGCAGGAGGAGACGAAGGAAACUCUCAAAGCCGUAGCACCAAAGCCUCGUCCCGCUUCACCCAGACCUCCCUUUGGUACACUUCCGCUGAAACCAUCCGUAGAGGAAACUGUGACUCCUUCCAAGGAGAUGCGACCAAAGACUCCACCGUUGCUAUCAACGAUGGGAGGCGGUGGCGGGAGCUUGUUUGGUAACAAGGCAGCGCCUGUACCAAAACCGUCGUCUUCGGCUUCGACGGCGGUUUCACCGUCUCCAUUCUUAUCGCCUUUCGCUCCUCCCCCUGGUGCGACAACGAAACCGUCUAUGCCCCCGCCCUCGCUUCCAGGUGGAAGUCCCUUCAGUAAACUACCUCCGCCUGGACCUGCAUCUACUCCUCCGACAACACCAUUUACACCUCCUCCCGGAAAUUUGUUUGGUAGGCCACUCGCGCAACCCGCACAACCCACAGAGCCCAUUACUCCCACCCCUUCAUCCAAGCCUGCUUUCUCCCUCCAGGAUUUCCAGGAAGGUAUGCAGAAAGAGUGUGCAGUUCUAUGGGUAACCAUGAGCAAUGAACUGGAAUGCCUCCAAAAACUCGCGCAAAAAGCAUCACAGCAAAGCGAAGUAAUCAAUACAAAGACCGGUGGUUCCCGCUUGAAAGCAGACUUAGGCAACUCAAGCCAUUGGUAUCCCGCGGAUGCAUUGAAGUACCGCGAGACGCUCCUUGGUUAUGCGGAAGACUUGGAGCUUCUGAAGGAAGGUCGAGAAGAGGCCAAGAAGAUUCUGAAAGAACUAGGCAGUGGAGUUGUAAAGGCAAACACGAGGAAAGAGGAGAUCGAGCGAUUCAAUCGUGCAAAGCAAGACGACAGUUUUGCUAAAAUGCUAAGGAGCCGCACCUUGGGUCCGGAGCAUCUAGAGACUCGGGUACGUCUGAGAGGGGAGCUGAUGAGAAGAAAAACGGAAGUAUCGAAAUUGGAAAAUGUGUUGAAAGACUAUAAGAAGAAAGUAUCCUCUAUGAAGAGCUAUAAGGGCGUCUUUAGGGCUCCGUCACUGGACACUGUCAAUAGGACAUAUCGAAACAUCGACAUCGCAAUUCAACAAGAAAGAGAUGCUAUUGAUCGUCUGGAACAGAGGUUAUCGAGAAUCGAUUUGAACAGCACGCGGUCGUCUGCUCCAAAGAGAGACCCGCGCCUCCCUGACCUCCCUUCACGACCUCGCGCGGUGCUACCGCAUGCGGCAGUGACAACCGCUGCUGCUCUGAAUGCCGAACGCUCUGCCCAGAAGCUGAAGCAAGCACUACUUGGCUUGCGCAAAGAACCAUUGUUAAACCAGCCCAAAGCUAAUGCUCCGACUCCUCCGGUUGCAUUUUUGUCAACGUCUCAGGCAAGCGGGUCGACAAAAGAAGGCGUAGUUUUUAACACUCCUAUCAAGAUUGAAGGACCAUUAUUCGGGAAUAAUGGUGUUGCCGAUACCAGCUCAUUUGGGACAGACUUUGAAUUCCCUGAUGACGACGACAGCUUCCACCUGAGUACGCCCGUGCCUACUGGGCGACGUGGAGCGGGGGGAGGAAAGAAACACGGAGGCGGGUUGUUCAAGAAGAGUCCCAGCACAGCCACGACAUCACCAAAGGCACCGACCUUUGAUUGGGGACCGUUGCCUGCGUUCGACUACGGAAAAGCUGGUAGUGGAUCGCCUUUGGUUAUGGGAAUUAGUGGAGGGCCUCGAAAAUAGCUACUUACUAACGAUAUAUCGACACUGUGUAUUGUUAUCGCUUUGAAUCUUGCAUGUACUUCUGUAUUAUCUUUGAUAUCACUACAAAGAGCUUCUAUUGGACAUACGUUGAAAGUCAAGUAUAGCAUAGAUAUUCACACAUAUCCCGAUGCUCUUGGGAGAAAACAACCAAGGCGUGUGGCGAUUAUUUUGCAGCCAUAAUACAUCGAGCAAUGAUGAUACCUAUCUGGGGUAUUCGAAAUGUCUGGCAGCAUACUCGGCUGGAUGAACAUUAUCAAUCCG